AAAUUAUAGUCAUGAAUGUCACAGAAGAAGAUGGCGGCUCCCUGUGCAAGGAUGGCGAGUUGGCCACUGCUUCGUUAUUUCUCCCGUUUUGAGAGGACCCCGAUCGCGAAUUCAGUUUUUCGCCCGUUUUCCAACAGUUCCCUUCGCCGUUCAAAUUUACGGAACAAAUUAGCGCCGGAAACACCGCGGUCCCCAUGGACUCUGAUGGCUGCGGUGUGUUUGCAGCGGCCGCCGGUCAUCUCUGCGGACUUGAGUCUCGUGGAGCAGCGCUUUGCUCGCCUGAUGCAGCAGAUGGAGCUGGAGAAAAGCAUCCUGUCUGAGCAUGAGCUCCGUCUGCUGGAGGACGCGGAGAGGCUGAGGAGAAAGCAGGCGGAUGAGGACGACGACGACGAUGACGACGAGCGCAAGGAGCAAGACAUUGUACUAACGCAGGACUUGGAGGACGAGUGGGAGCGCAAAUUCAAGACAUUCAGGCCUGCGCCAAGAACCACAGAUGACGCGGAUAAGGACCUGAGCUCGUCGGGGCGCCUGCUCUCCGACUCGCUGGUGCUGUUGGCCGAGCAGCAGGUGGGAAGUGACAAGCUGUGGCUGCUGCCUCAGGCCCAGUGGCGCCCGGGAGAGACGCUGAGGCACACGGCACAGAGGGCGCUCGCCUCCCUCGGAGAGCCCACCAUCAAGGCCAACUUCCUAGGCCAGGCACCGUGUGGCGUGUACAAGUACAAGCUGCCCAAAGCCGCCCGCAGCGAUACCUCGUUGGGCGCCAAGAUCUUCUUUUUCAAAGCCAUCCUGACACCAGACACCCCAACCAACGCGGAGCCCAACACCGCCCUCAUGUGGCUGAGCAAACGAGAACUGCAGCGCUUCCUGAAGCCGGCCUACAUGAUGAAGGUGGAGCGCUUCAUCCUGGGCCCAUGAGUCCCAAUAUUGGGUACACCCGCAUCAUCCAUACACAGGCUUGGUGCAAAUGAUGGUGCAGGUGUACCUAAUUACGUGUCUUUGCUCUUCCUUUUGUUGCUCAAAUAAAACUGUUUUUUUUUCCACCUGA